AUGGACGGAUCCUUGGUCAUGCCGGAAGACCAACUCGAUCCCCCAGCAAGGAUCUUCGAACGACUCCGACAGUUAGGCGGCUUUACCUGGGAUGAAUCAAGAAGGCCAUUUCAUUCAAGCUAUGACAACUGGCACGUAUAUGGCACAAGAUUUGUAUCGCCCUAUUCAACCACCACGACAACACCCUUGCAGAACCUAGGCAGUCCGUCCGCCAUCUCCAAACUAGCCUCGAGCCGUAUAUCGCCUGGCGACGUCCAUGUCGGCUUUUUCUCCCAGAGCGAAGGCAGUAGCGAGCGUUCGUCGGCUUCCCCGCCUGCUUUCUCCAGCCUUGCUACCGAUCUAGCGAACGUCGAGGAGCAACAUAUAGUCGCGCGAAUAUCCUACCACGUCCUCCGCGAAGAGAGGACCUUCCACAUAGCUAAGAAUCUGAUCGCCACCGCUGACCCGCAUGGAGUCCAUAAUGUGAAGCCCAUCGACCUUCUUCGCCUGAAUCCGCAACCCGGUGAUCGUGCGCCUAUAAUCGUCGCCAUUUACGAGCACCCCGGAGAGAACUAUCUUUUCAAGGCUCUAGAUCUGGGGCCGGCUUUCUAUUAUGCCAAGAAGGUUGAGGACCGAUUUGAGGCCUAUCGCAAAAAUGACUUCUCUCUAGCAACUCCCAUCAGCCUGAUGCAUUUUCUCGAUUUUGCCAUCGGCGCUACCCAGUGUCUAGAGAUAUUGCAUCACGGCCAUAAUAUGGUCCACGGAGAAAUCAGAGCCGAUGCGUUUCAUUUCAACAUCGAGACAAAUAAGGUAAAGCUAAUAUCCUUUGGCUCGGGGGUAAGGUCGUUCGAACACGGACUCACUAGCACUGGAUGGUCAACACUCUCUAAGGAACUCGGGGCAAAGAACAAAUUAGUUUACAUCAGCCCCGAACAGACUGGCCGCAUGCCGGCAGAGCCUGAUACGAGGACUGACAUUUACUCAUUAGGUGUAUUAUUCUGGAUGCUCCUAACUCAACAACCCGUCUUCACCGGCGCUACACCGUUAGAUAUCGUCCAGUGCGUGCUAAAUCGCCGCAUCCCACUAGUGUCGAAUAUUCGGACGGAUGUACCUGAAGUUCUUGGUCGCAUUAUACAAAAGUGCACGUCUAAGAACAUUUCUGACCGUUAUUACUCAGCUAGCGGUCUACGCCAUGACUUAGAAAUGAUACAGAAAUUCCUGGGGAAUGGUGACUGGAUGACUUUGAAGGAGUGGCAUAUUGCUUCGAAGGACAUCUCAUCGUUCUUCAUGUUACCUACCGCUAUGAUUGGACGUCGGAAAGAGCAUUCUGAACUAGUAAAAGUGCUCGAAAGGGUCGCGAGGGGUCAAGCUAUUGCUAGCCUUGCGGCUACUAAUCGUUACUCUGACGGUUCCGGCUUAUCAACCGAGCUCGUCGACGCCGCCGAUGUUUCAAGCGAAGGUGCAAGCUCCAUUGAAGGGGGAACCCGACGAAGCGGCUCUUUCACCCAGACUAACUUAUCAGAUGCAAAACAAUCAGUAGGUCUCGUCCGGUCUUCAGUUAACGGAACAGAUACACAGACUGUCUCCGCCUCUGGCGACACAAUAUCUUCAUGCCACACCGUUCCUAAGAUAUCCAAAUCAUUAGACAAGCAUCAAUCAGUCACCUUCGAGUCCAAAAGUGUGCUCGAUGCUAUUGGUGAACGCCAAUCCUCUUCGCGCCAUAGCGGCACAGAUACUUCUGCCAGCCUUUCAAGGCAGUUAGGCUCGGCAAAGUUCAGGCGGCGAGGCUAUUGCGAAGUUGUUACUAUUGAGGGCGCUGGUGGCCUAGGCAAAAGUUUUCUUGUUCAGCAGGUACUAGCCGAUGCCAGGCGGAGAGGAUAUUGUGCAACAGCAAAGUUCGAUGCGGCCAGGAGAACAGCGUUUGGGCCGUUAUUGAAAUUAGUGUCUUCUCUAUUCAAACAGGUAUGGGGUGAGAGCGACACGGACACGCCUCUUCAUCGAGCCUUGAAGGACUAUGUUCGUCCAAUAUGGCCGAUGCUCCAUAAUUUGCUUGGGCUCCCUGAAUUCCUCCUCGGUUUUCAAGACCGAACAUCCCUCCCACCACAACCGACACCAGGCCUAUCUAAUGGUCGGAUCAGUAGAACUCCGAUGAGCAGGCGCAGCUCAUCUCCUGUGAGCUCUCCGGGGAGACCACGCCCUCAGAGUCCACGUGUAACGUCGCAGAGCUCGCAAGACUUUCUACGGGCCGGGGUAUCUAUGAAGACGAUUCGCCUGAUGAAUACGUUCUUGGAUAUACUGAGAAUAUUCACAACGCACCACUUCGUCUGCUUGUGUCUCGAUGAUCUUCAGUUCGCAGACGAGGAGUCUCUAGAGUUGAUUACUCAGGUGGUCUCAGCUCGACUCAAGAUGGUACUAAUAGUAACUUACCGGCCCGAUGAAUUAUCACCAGACGCCGUUCAGAAGAUUCUCCAGCCUGCAGACACUGAAGAACAUCCCAAGUCCGGUGGUCCAAGAAUUACUAGGAUUGUCCUGUCACCGUUGACCGAAUACGAGAUCCUACAGUACGUAGCAUCGACAUUAUGUCGACCCCAGGAGGAUGUUGCCAAUCUCGCUCGCGUGAUCCAAUCCAAGACUGCUGGUAAUCCCUUUUACAUGAGGGAGAUGUUGAGCGCUUGCUACCGUAAAAGAUGUAUAUGGUACGACUAUAAAAAGAAUAGGUGGGACUUUAAUCUAGAUUGGCUCUUUGAGCAAUUCAAAGGUGAAGAUAAUUACGAUGUCUUGAAUAACGACUUCAUCACUCGCAGGUUGAGUGAGCUUCCGGCUGCAUCACGUUCUAUUCUAGCCUGGGCGGCUCUUUUAGGUAGCACUUUUUCAUUCGAGCUAAUCUGCCAACUUCUAAGCGGCGCGUUCGACCCCGUCGAUGAUGGUGGUUACGGGCUGAACGACACGCUCUACCGUACCAAGUACUCCAAACAGGACGCAGUGGCAGGGCUUCAAGCAGCGAUCAACGCUUGUAUCGUUGUACAAAGCGAAACCGAUGAUAGAUUCCGGUUUGCCCAUGACAGAUACGUCCAAGCAGCGGCAUCCUUGAAAGAAUGCAAUACCCCUCAAAUGCAUUUCGCUAUUGCGCAGACGCUACUGAAGCAUCAUGGAACCGAGGGAAAAGCAAGGGACAAUACCGCCUCGCACAUUGCGGAGGCUGUCGAAAUUAUCAAGUGCAAGGUUCACGUCCGUCAGCCAUACCGGAAACAUCUAAUGGAUUGCGCAGCAUUGGCGGUAGAGAGCGGCGCAAGGUCAACAGCUGCUAAAUACUACCAUAGUGCUAUAAUGCUCCUACAGCCCGAUCCAUGGGUAGACGGCCCGGAUGACAUCGACUACGAGGAAACACUUAAACUUCACUUACGCGCGGCUGAGUGCUACAUUUACAUGGGAAAUCAUGCAGCGGCUCACAAUCUUGCAAAUGCUAUCCUCAACGGCGCUAAAACCGCGGAAGACAAAGCCCCUGCUUGGCUUCUACUGGCCCGAGUUCAAGCCCAGAAUGGGAAUUCGAUAUCCGCGCUUGCUAUCUUGAAGGAGAGCCUCCGCCAAUUGAAAGUUGAAUUUGAUGGGCAGCCGUCCUUCGAGAAUUGCGAUACCCUCUUCAUGGAGGUAGCUGCCCAAAUCAAAAGCCUAGACCGAGGGGAGAUUCUAAGUCCCCUUGGUACUGUCGAUUCCCACGAACUGAUAGUCGGGGCUAUCCUUACGGAGGCUAUUAGUGCCGCUUGGUGGAGUGACUCUUUAGACUUCUACAAUCUUGCCCUUGCGCUCAUCAACCGCUCCCUAAAGCAUGGGCGCUUCCCUCAUUCCAGUAUUGCUUUUCUCUACGUUGCUAUGAUCGCACUAGCCCGGUUCAAUAUGGUCGAAUUCGCCGCGGAGCUCGGUAGCCAAUGCUUAGAAAUCCUAGAACGGACCCGAGAUUCAUUUUCCUCUGCUCGUGGUUACAUGGUAUAUGCCUCCUUCGUCAGCCAUAUUCAUGUUCCUAUCAGCGCUUGUGUAAAUCACUCGGAAUUGUCCAUUGAAUACGCCUCCAGCGCUGGUGACCGUAUGGCUGUCAUUCUCAGCUUUGGGCUCUCGGCUCAAAUGAGGCUCUUCGCAAGCGAGAACGUUGUUUAUCUCGAGUCAAUAUGCCAAUAUUGCUGUGAGGAGGUACCCGGUUGGCACCAAGACACUAGGGGGGGAACCUACUUGAUAGCAGUUAGACAAGUUUGCCGCGCAUUCCAAGGCAAGACAGAUACAACAUGUGCGAACGCAGUGAUGACGGACGAGCAGCAUAAUUCAAAUGCUUACAAGACAUGGCUCGAUAUCCAAACGCAAAACGGCGGUCGUUCCGUCCUUAUAUAUGAGACAAAUGAGAUCAUCGUCUUAUACUUGUAUGGCUACUAUCAAGAAGCUCGCGAGAUGGGGCAGAGGUGCAUUGACAAGUUGGACCUGCUUUGGUCCUCUCGAAAUACUCGAGCCGUUUUAGUCUUCUACGGGCUUGCCGUUGCAGGUCUCUUGCAGCGCAAGCUCAGCGAUCCGCGCACAGCCGAUGCUGACCUAGAAACCGAAAUUCGCGAUACAAUUUUACAACUCGAAGAUUUGAACAGAAGGAUUAAAGAUUGGCAGGUUAUCUUAAAUGCGAAUUAUCUUGCUUGGUCGAAAUUACUAGAUGCUCAAAUUACGGAGCUGCGUGGUGAUCAUGGCUCCUCUAUACGACAUUACGAAACAGCAUUGGAUCAUGCCUCGGAGUACAGUCUUCUUUUCGAGGAAGCCCUUGGGAAUUUCUUGAUGGCUGGCUUCUUCGUCAGGCGGUCAGCGAGAAGAUCAGCAACGGCGGCCUUGAAGGAAUCGGUUGCGCUCUGGAGACAACUAGGGGCGACCGGAAUUGCGCAGCGGAUCGAAGAAGAUCACUCAUUUCUCAUCCACAGUCCCACUCGCUACGCGAGGACGGCUGAAGUUGCCGUGCAGACUGAUUUUGCUGGGGAUUCUGCCUCCGUCACGUACGCUACAGACGGUGAGGAUCCGCAGGCGGUGCAAACUAUGAACGAGGAGACGAAAGAAACCAGAAUGGCCGCGUGGCGCGGCUCAACACAACCUGAAGCCGGUGCCGGCUUACCAGCUCUCGACAUGAUAGACCUUCAUGCUAUACUAGUUUCAUCCCAAGUUAUUUCCUCCGUCUUGCAGGUUGACGUCUUACUCAAGACAAUGUGCGAUGUUAUCCUCCAAACCUGUGGCGGGUCCGCGACUCAGGCAGCGAUUAUUGUUCAGGACGAAGACGACACGGAAGAUAAUUGGUGCAUCGCAGCUAGCGGUGAUUCAGAGAAGGGCGCCACAGCUCAUCUCCCCGGGCAGCCGCUGAUCGGUACAGCGUUGGUUGCCGAGAACGUAGUUCUAUACUGCGCCCGAUUUCGUGAGGUUGUCUUCAUCCCCGAUCUCAUUAGCGACGAGAGAUUCGGGAAGGUCAAUGACUCUUGGGUGCAAAGGAAUUCGCUUAGCAAAGCCAUAAUUGCCAUACCGAUCUGCCAUGGGGCAAAACCUCUCCUUGGGGUUCUCUACUUGGAGGGCGAACCAGGUUCCUUCACGGAUAGAAAUGUCACCGUUUUACAAUUGCUCGUAAACCAGAUCGGUAUCAGUUAUUCCAAUGCCCUCUCAAUAAAGGCGAUAGAAAAAGUGUCCUCGGAGAAUGAAGCGAUGGUCCGAAUACAGAAGCAAGCAGUUGCGAAAGCGAAACACGCGGAAGCGGAAGCUAAGCGUAAUGUCAAGAUCGCCGAGGAAGCAGCCAAAGCCAAGAGUAUUUUCCUCGCCAACGUAUCUCACGAACUGCGUACUCCGCUAAACGGCGUAAUUGGUAAUUCUGAACUCCUAAGGGAUAGCAGCCUCAACAGAGAGCAGCUCGAAAUGGCAGACUCCAUUCGAGUAUCGGCGGAUCUGUUGCUUACGGUUAUCAAUGACAUUCUCGACUUCUCUAAAAUGGAAGCAGACAAAAUGAAGCUUUACAUUACCGCGUUCAACCCGGAAGAGAUGGUGCGUGAGGUUGUGAGAGCUGCCUCGUAUAGUAACCGAGAGAAGACGUCCAAGAAAAACGUUAAGAUCAUUCAAGAUAUCAAUAUACCGUCGAUGCUGAUUUACGGAGAUCCCAUCCGCCUACACCAAGUCCUCGGCAAUCUCAUUAGCAAUAGUCUCAAGUUCACAGAAGAUGGCUCUAUCACGAUUGGUGCUAAGGUCGAGUCUAAUACCACCGAGAAGGCGAAGUUAACCUUCUGGGUUGAGGAUACAGGUAUUGGUAUUCCGCAGGACCAGCUUAAGAAACUUUUUAGGCCGUUCAGCCAAGCGGAUGCUAGUACUGCUCGCAAAUACGGUGGUAGCGGGCUCGGUCUUAGUAUCUGCAAGUCGCUUAUUGAGAAUAUGAUGAAAGGCGUAAUUUCACUGGAGAGUAAAGAGAAUGAAGGCACGAGAGCUUCGUUCACGGUGACAUUCGAUAAGGCGAAGCCUCAUGUGUCCGCAGGAGAAGCCCGACCCCUCCCAGCAUCUUCGAUCGUCGAUGCAAAGCGCAACGCCCCUCAACCAGCUCCUAGUCAUCCUCCACUAAGCCCAGUUGUAGACUUGGCACGGAUUCCCAAAGAUCAAAUCCGCAUCUGCGUCGCAGAGGAUAAUCUUAUCAACCAGAAGAUUGCCAUCAAGUUUGUGAAUAAAUUGGGAUACACCAAGGUCGAUGCUUAUGAGAACGGACUCAAGGCGGUAGAAGGUUUGCGGCAAAAGGCGAUGGAUGGGGAGCCUUACCAUGUCGUCUUGAUGGAUGUGCAAAUGCCUGUACUCGACGGCUACGAAGCCACCGCGAUUAUUCGGAAGGACCCCAUCGAGGAAGUCAGAAAAGUAUUAGUCAUCGCAAUGACUGCUUCCGCAAUCCAAGGUGACCGAGAGAGGUGCUUAGCGUCGGGCAUGAAUGACUACCUUGCCAAACCAGUUAAAGCAGAUCUACUCAAGAGGAAGCUGGAUACAUAUACCACAGGGACCAUCCAACCACCAACUCCACCUGCUAGACACCAUUCGGACCCCCUUGUCGGGCAAUUUAGGGGUCAAGAGUCGUCGGAUAGUAACUCGACGCCCGUUCCUAGCCCGCAAGUUGUUAACGACUUUAUGAUGGGCGGAUCACCACCUCUCGUCUUGCCGAUGAGGGAGAAUAUUGAUUAUUCAUAUUCUGCCGACGACGCAUCGAAUGAGAAGACGUCAUCAGAUCAAUAUUCGCCAACCGAAAGCGCAAAUGUAUCCCCCUUGCAGCAAUCGGCAAAGCGCCAGCCGCGAAAGUUAACGAAGCCUCGGAAUAAUAGCGACGCUGGGUCCACUACCGACGAGAAGCCGAGGGCAGUGCUAAUCAAGAAGAACCUAAAACCAAGCAAUUCAUCUAUGCUAGAUAGUGAUACGAGCCAUGAAAGUCGGUCGUGGAGCUGACGGUGUGGUUAAGGCUCGUCAGAGAGUCGGCUCUUCUACACACGGACUUACACAGUUAGACUAUUUAAAAUGUGGUCUAGAUAUUUCUUUUCCGAUGUCUUUUUUUUUCUUGUUUACAUGAAGGGUCCCGAGAGAUCUAUCUUCCAUCAUGUACGUUGGGUUGUCCUGAUCCAAAGCAAAUAGGGGACGUGUGAUUUGGCACCGGGAUUUGGAUCAUACAUGGAUUUUCUAU